CUUUUGUGGGUAUAAAAACUGGAAACGUCCCUCUUUUGAACAACAGAUUUGACCCAAACAUGAAGUUCUACGUCAUUGCUUUGGCCUUUGUCGGCCUUGCCGCCGCCGAUGUCAGUCAUCUAAAGUUGGGACUGUCCGCCGACGGAGGCUAUGGACUCACCGCCUUGUCAUCCGCUCCCUCCUCCUCCUCCACUUCUUCGGAAGUGGUACAAGGUGGUGAUUCCAGCUCCUACCAGUACUCAAAGUCCGCAGAGGUUGUGCCCGGAAGCGAUGCUAGUUCCUACCAGCCUGCUGAAUAUACUCCAGCUCAUCUCAAGUCAGCCGAUGUAGUUCCUGGAGGUGAUUCAAGUUCCUAUCAACCCGCUGAAUACACUCCUGAGCACUUGAAGACAGCUGAGGUGGUUCCUGGAGGCGAUUCCAGCUCUUACCAGUCCGCUGAAUACACUCCUGCUCAUCUUAAGGCUUCUGUUCCAGCGACCAUUGGAGCUGAUACUUAUGCUCCAGUUCCGGCUGCUAUUGGUGCUGAUACCUACACCCCUGAGAAGUUUAUUCCACAGGACGUUCAGGAGGCCCACUACAAGUACAUUCAGGAGCAGGAGCAGGGAGCUGUUGUUCCCGGAGGAGAUUCAAGCUCUUACCAACCCGCUGAAUACACUCCCGAGCACUUGAAGACAGCUGAGGUGGUUCCUGGAGGCGAUUCCAGCUCUUACCAGUCCGCUGAAUACACUCCUGCUCAUCUUAAGGCUUCUGUUCCAGCGACCAUUGGAGCUGAUACUUAUGCUCCAGUUCCGGCUGCUAUUGGUGCUGAUACCUACACCCCUGAGAAGUUUAUUCCCCAGGACGUUCAGGAGGCCCACUACAAGUACAUUCAGGAGCAGGAGCAGGGAGCUGUUGUUCCCGGAGGAGAUUCAAGCUCUUACCAACCCGCUGAAUACACUCCAGCUCAACUCAAAAACUCGGUUGUAGCUUCGACCGCUGCUUCUGCUGUUUCAGGGGGAGAUUCCAGUUACUAUCAAUCCGCCGUUUCCCAAACGAGCUACGUUCAUAGCCAAGCCAAGACUGUCGUGGCCGGAUCGUCUGGCAGUUCCUACCAGAGCGCCCAACCCAUCGCCGCCUAUGUCCAGGGACAAGCCCCAGUCGUCAUUGGAGCCAACACGAUCACACCUGCCCAUCUAUACGAGGAGCCCACAUCGAAUGGCAUCGAGGAGUUGAAUCCCGAUACCCAUGUGCCCGUGGCCAUUGGUGCCGACACCAUUACUCCUGCCCAUUUGCAGACCACCUACUCCAAAUCCAGCCAGGAGACCCAGUACGCGUCGAACGGCGGCUAUAUUUACUAAGUGAAAUAAUUGAGAGCCACAGAGUCUAAUAUAUUCUUAAAUUUAUAAUUUUUUUUUAUAAUCUUUUAUUUUGGACCUAUAGAUCUUUAAAAGUUCUAUUAGUGUAGAGAAAACCAAUGAUUCCAAUAAACACCAAGAGAGUAAAGUAUUUAUCUA